CAUUGAUAAUUCCGGUUGCCGUUCAACUACAGCGUUGAAUGUGAUUGAAGACAAACGAGACUCCAUUAUUGUAUAUCGGCGUUGUUUUUUACUUAUAAGUGAAAAAAGAUAUGGCUCGUGGAAGUGGUAGAAAUAUGGGACGGGGUGGACGAAUGAAUCGUGGUCAAUAUAAACCAAAACCUUAUGUACCUCGACAUCCGUUUGAUUUGACAUUAUGUGAAGCUAAUUUUCCAAAAUGUCGACCACAACCAGACGAAUCCGCAUUUACUCAAGCUUUGUUAAAACGUAAUGCUGAUUUAACACCAACAGCAGCUGAACAGACAGCGAUAUUAAAUUUAGUCACAAAAAUUCAACAAGUUUUUGAUAACUUGGUCGUAGCUCCAGGAAAUUUCAAUGCUUGUCAAUUAGAACAAGUGCGUCAAGUUGGAUCCUUCAAGAAAGGUACCAUGGUCACCGGCCAUAAUGUCGCUGAUAUUGUCGUAAUCUUAAAAACACUACCAACAAAAGAAGCUGUUGAAGCUUUGGGUCAUAAAAUCCAAGAAGAUUUACGCGUACUUUUAAAAAAUGAACCAACAACAAAACCCGAAACCAUUCUUCAUACGGUUACCGAACGUGGUCUCGAAAUUCGUAAUAGUGCAGCUUGUGUUCAAGUAUUAAUUACAACUGUGCCCGCAAAUUUACGUAAAUUAGAUCCAGAAUUGCAUCUAGAUCAGAAAGUUAUGCAAGGGCAUUUAGCAGCAAUUCGUCACAGUUGUUGGUUUGAAGAAAAUGCACAUCAUUCUUCCAUAAAAGUAUUAAUUCGAUUAUUACGUGAUUUACGAAACCGUUUCGAUGGAUUUGCACCCAUGACUCCAUGGAUGCUAGAUUUAUUAGCUCAUAACGCAAUUAUGAAUAAUCCAAGCCGACAAGCUUUACCCAUUAACGCAGCAUUCCGUAGAGUAUUCCAAUUAUUGUCAUCCGGUUUAUUCUUGCCAGGAUCGGCUGGUAUUUCUGAUCCUUGCGAACCAGGAAAUUUACGAGUUCACACAGCCAUGACCUUAGAACAACAAGACGUAUGUUGUCUAACAGCUCAAACAUUAUUACGAAUCUUGAGUCACGGCGGUUAUAAACAUAUUUUGGGUCUAGAAGGUAAUUCUAUGAUUGCUAAGGAAAUGUCAGUUUGGGAUGGCGUUGUUGUCUCACCUUUAGAUAAAGCUUAUGAAAAACCUCCAGAAAAGAAAGAGGGCGAAGAGGAAGUUGAUGAAGAAAUGGAAGCAGAUCCAGUUGAUGAAAGCAUGGAAACAACGGAGUAAUUUCAUUUUUUCUAUUAUGUAUUGCCUAAGUUUAUGUAUUUUAUUUAAUUAAUAAUAAGAUAAUUUUUUUUAGUUUUUAUUUUUAUUGGAAGUAGACUCCGAAAAAUUUAAAUGUAUUUUGUGUAGUAAUUGUGUAUGAAUGUACAGAAGUCAAUUUAUAAACCAUUUUUCUUUAAUAAAAAAAUUUUUAUUUAGAA